AUGGCAGAAGUCAUAGACUUGGAGAAGGAGAUUGGGGAGGAGCAUGGGGGAGCGAGGCCGACGGAGGACGGCGAGACGGCGCAGGUAGCGGAAGGGAAGGGGCGCAAGGUGCAGAUGACGUUUGACCAGUUUAAGGAGGUGCGGGUGACGAAGGCGGGCGACGGGCUGCGCAAGUCGAGCCGGGUGGUACCGAAGCGCAAGGCCGAGAGCGAUGAGGAGAGCGCGGCGGCGGAAGAGGCGCGCAAGCGGAAGGCGGCGAAGCGGGCGGCGGACGACGAGGCGCGCAAGCGGGCGGCCAAGAGCAAGGCGUCCAAGAAGCAGCCGGCGAAGCCGAAGGCGAAGGUGCCUGUGGUGAAGAGCAAGGCGGCGGGCAAGAGCGUGUCGAGCGCGGCGGCGGAGGAGGUGCGCGAGCCACAGCUGGGGGACGAGCUGUGGUCGUCGUGCGUGCCGCUGCUGACGGCGGACUUCAAGAACAACACGCCCGCGGUGUCGCGCAUGAAGCACCCGCACAUGAAGCCGGCGCCGUUCGCGAAGGACCUAAUCGUGUUCAUGAACUUCAUCAACAAGUUCAACCAGUUCUUGCCAGUCGACCUGUGGGGCGUGUCGAUCCAGGACCUGCAGAUCGGACUGGAGCUGUAUCCGAGCGAGCAGGAUGAGCAGCCGGCGCGCCUGUACCAAGACUAUGUCGCGCCCCGGGACCUCAAGCAUUGCCAGGACCUGGUGAACCUGUUUUUCUUGUGCCUGUUGAAGCUCACGCUGAACCAGAACUCGGCCACAGACAUGAGUUCCCUCUCGAACGGGAAGCCGUUUCACAAGUUGAUACAGCAGCUGCGGGGCAAGGCAUACGAGUUUGGGUAUCCGCCCGAGUGGCGCCAGCCCGCGUUUCCAGGCGAGCCGAAGGUGGAAUCUGCCCGGUUGCUUCCGGAGGAGGUUGGCGAGAGCAAGAACCCAGAGGUGCUUACAAGCGAGGUGCCCAACUGGCACCUACGUCUGCCUCUGGAGCCUAGACUGAAUCCCCUGUACUCGACAGAGCUGGAGAAGUACGGGGUUCUUUCCCUUAGUCCGCAAGAUCGCCUCAUUCUGCUUCGCAGCUUAGUGCAGUGGUGCAUUUCGUACUCGGAUAAGAUCCAUGGCGAGAUCUACAGAUUGUCGCACCUAAAGAAGGACCCGACGUUCGGGAUUCAGACCUCCCACGCGCCGAGACAUUUGGCGCACGGACUUACAGAGACCAAGCAACACUUUAAGAAAUUGUGCACCAUGCUCAUGCAGAAGCUGGAGAUCAGGGCACAAAAGAAGCAUAUAAAGAAGCAGCUUGAGUCCGGGAAGCAGCUGCCGCUAUCCCGCAAGUUGAAAACAUUGAACGAGCUGAAGGAGUCGAUGGAGGAAUACAGACGUGCGUACGAGGCCCAAGAGGGUGAUGAUAGAGAUCAAGAGUUUGAUCCUUUGGACGUAAGCUUGAACAGAGAUUAUUCAAAAUGGUGUGAACUCUUGCAGGGAGAAAUAUACGAUAACCCUAUGGCCAACCCGUACGAGGAUGACAUAUAUAAGCUGCGGAACCAAGAGUUUUUCAUUGGGAGAGUGCCCCAUGUUGGUGAUUUUUACCUGCCUCGCCUCUUCACAUACCAGAACGUCGCGAAGAAAAAGGACUGGAUACCGUCGAACUAUACGGAUCCGCGCAGUCUGGAGAAGUUGUUUGAGGAUUUCCAGGGGAACAAGCACAACGCAGUCACUCUAUUUGGUAAGAAUGCCAAGAUGAUGUCGUUGGAAUUCAAGUUGUAUUACCACUACACGCCAGGCAUGGUCAAAGAUCUGGUAACUGGAAAACCAACCAAGGAUAAAGUCUACUGGUAUGAGAUGUGCCAUAACACGGAGACUCUGCUGGACUUCAUAAAGCUGUUGGAGUUUAAGCUUGUGAAAGAGACCCCGGAUGACUCGGUGAGCAAUGGGCCUGCCCCACGGGAAUCACCGAAAACUAUUCCUCCAGUACCAAAGGAGUACGUGGGCUGGAAUACAAACCCAAUGCCAAAGGAGUCUAAGUAUAACAAGUCUCGUGCAAAACUUCAAGUUCUAAAAGACUACUUGGAGAAAAUGUACUUUUUUCUGCUACGUUUCGAACAGUUGAAGACCCAAUAUGGCGAUUUGCUUAUUUCUGAUAGAAGUCUAAGAAGGUCUCAGAGGAGUCGCGUCAAUUACACCGAAGAAUAUGGACCUAAUGAUCGCGAUGAGUACGAGAGUGUGGAGGGUGCGCCUGAUGCUGAAGAUGAAGAGCAGGCAGAGGACCAGGAAGAAGAAGAGGAAGAGGAGUAUCGGGAUGAUAUGGAUAGCAUUUCCGACGACGAAGAUGAGGAACAUGCGCCCGGGCAGCCACGGAGGCUCCGCAGAAAUCGGACAUCGACCCCACCGGUUGUCCCUGAAUCACGUUCCGCCAGAUCGGCGAGGAGGAGGGCAGACAAAUCCUGA